AUGAAAAAAACUGUUGUAGAGGAAUCUAAGCUGCUCGACCAGAGGAAAUAUGAUCUGUUCCAAAACAAUAAUCUAUAUGAAUCAGCUCCACAAUCUGCGUCAAUAGUAAGUCCAAAAAGAGAUCUACCAAGUAUCAAUCCACCAUACUCCGCUCCUUUAUUGGCUGAAACCUACCAUGAUAUUGUUUCCGUUGAGAAUUUGAUUAGAGAAGAAAAUGUAUCAUGUAAAACACACCAAAACUACACCGAAAUUAAAAAGUCUCGUGAAAGUCCACAUUCAGAAAUAAGCGGUAUCGAAGAGUUGAGUUUUUUUCCUGUUCGAGUGUUUUCUGAUUCGAGCGUUUCAUGUUUUCCAGAUAGUGAAGAGGAUAGAUGUUUCGAAAAGAAAAGACGAGUCGACAUGUGCGCUGGGCAAAGUAGAAACCAAUUUAUCACGGCAUUUUUGGUUCAUUUGAUUCAAAGGAUGGAUGGGCAGCUGAAAGUUAUUGAGCAAAAAUAUUUAGAGAGUGGUCACACUCAUAUGGAAGUGGACUCCAUGCAUAGUGCAAUAGAAAGACAGCAAAGACAUACGCCUGUUUAUUCCAUGAUUGACUGGAAGUCGAUCAUGGAACGUGCUCGCUCUAAAAGAAACAGGGAUUCAGCACCACCUUAUACAGUUAAAGAAUUAAAAUACACGGAAAUGGUUGAUGUAAGAGCUCUUAAUGAAAAAAUAGCAAAAAAUACAAGCAGAGAUAAAGAAGGCAAUAAAAUUACAUGGCUAAAAAUUAAGUGUCUUCGUUUCGAGAGAAAAAAGCCCGGGUCUUGUUAA